UUCCAUAUGUAAAAUUGGGAAACACAAUCAAAUUUAUACAUCGCUUAGAUGGAAGGAUAUAUGGCAUAUGCUAUCAUCACAGUCGUUGUGUUGGGCUUGUACUUGCCAAUGUAUUGCGAUCGGCAUCGUUUUCCGGCUCAGAAUCGUGAGAACUAGCCGAAGGUUUAUCAAUUUGCUUGCUUUCUUGCACUCCUUGUUGUUGCUAAUAUCCAUGUGCUAAUGUACAAUUGGUAUUUGACUCGCAUUAUCCAAUACUAUACGAAUUUGGUUCGCAUCAUGUCUGCAUAAAAGAAGUCAAAGUUAAUUUGUUAAUUACGCGUUUUUGAAUUUAUGCUAAUUGGCGCGUAUUCUUAUGUUAUCAUAACUGUAUAUAUAUAUCGAUAGUUCGCGCACAUGUAUCGAAUGCCCGUGAGUGGGACAGGGACAACUAUAGCUGCACGAGUAGCCAACAGCUGUUAGCGCCGCCACCGCCGCCGCCGCUGCCCAAAUUCUUUUAUUUCAUAAUAAUUUUGUUAGAACAUUCACUGAGCUAAAUUAGCUUUAAGCUGUAUUAAAUAACAAUGCAAAACACACGCAAACUCGCCAACCUAGCCCGGCUCCUACUCAGACGCACGUCCGCCACCGCGGCCAAUCCAACAACAGCCUCCAGCGGCACGGAACAGACAACGCAUUUCGGCUACCAGACUGUGAAGGAAAGCGAAAAGGAGCUGAAAGUGCACGAGGUGUUUGAGCAGGUGGCCCAGUCGUAUGACCUGAUGAACGAUGCCAUGUCCAUGGGCAUACAUCGCGUGUGGAAGGACAUAUUCAUUGAGCGUUUGGGUCCCGAGCAUGGCAUGCGGCUGCUGGACAUGGCCGGCGGCACGGGCGAUAUCAGUUUUCGGUAUCUGAAGUACUUGGCCAAGCAGCCGAAUGCAAAACAGCGUGAAAGCCAUGUAACCGUUUCGGACAUCAAUCAGCAUAUGCUGAACGUGGGCAAGGAGCGCGCCCGCCAGCUGGGCCUGACCGCUGAACGGCUGCCCAAUGCCAGCAUUGACUGGCAGUGUGCCGAUGCCGAGAAGCUGCCCUUCAAGAGCGACAGCUUCACUGCGUACACCAUUGCCUUUGGCAUACGCAACUGCACGCACGUGGACAAGGUGCUGAGCGAGGCGUACCGCGUGCUGCAGCCCGGCGGUCGUUUCAUGUGCCUGGAGUUCAGCCAUUUGAGCAACGAGACACUGCAGUGGCUAUACGAUCAGUACUCCUUCCAGGUGAUACCGCCAAUGGGCCAGCUGCUGGCUGGCCAGUGGCACGCCUAUCAGUAUUUGGUCGAAAGCAUACGACGCUUUCCGCGGCAGGAACAGUUCAAGAGCAUGAUCGAGCAGGCCGGCUUCGCGCAUGUGACCUACGAGAAUCUAACCUUUGGCGUUGUCAGCAUACACUCCGGCUUCAAGCUGUAGUCACAUGUGGCACCUGUUCCGAUAUUCCUGCACACAAAAACCUGAGCGAAAUUUACAAGUCCUGUUGCACAGUUUACCUUCUCUUGUACUUCGUAAUGUUAUUAUGAUUUUGCCUUCUUCUUUAAACAUGCUAAACACGUUCUCCCACCUAUUUUUUUUUUGUUUUAUGCUCUUCGUUUUACAUGGCGCUCGUAAAAAUUAAAGUUUUAUAAACAUUGUUAACAUAAGUAUUACAUGUGCCAAAAUUGAUCGACGGCUUAUUGUGAGCCUCGGCCAGCCUGGGAAAGACCUUGACGUUGUGGGGGCCACCUUUUAUAGAUCGCGUUAAAUAUGUAAAACGAAUCAAAAUUCCAAAUCGGUUUCCAGCUCGAUUU